ACAAAGGAAGAGAAGAAAGCAGAAUCAAAAGCGGACAGGUGAAGCACAGCGAGGAAGAAACCAAACACACCCUUGAAAUGUAUUUACACAUGCAAACAAAAUGAGGAGUGUCAAGUGACAGGUGAGGGUACGUUGAAAUGGGGGAAAAGAAUAAGAGAACAGCAAGCGAUGAGCAUGUAAGGGAUUUUUCAGGAAAAACAGGCGAGGGCACAUAUCAUGAAGGGAAAACAAAGUAGAGAGAGACAAAGAAAACAAAGGCUGAUGUGAUGGUGUUUGUUUGAGAAUUUCUUAAUGAAAUGAUGGUAACACAAUGAUGGUCCUGUUGUUCUCCCUCAUUCACAGGGACUCGUACAGCAGACGCGCUACAUAAACAGUAAAAAACGCGUGUAAUCGUUGAUAUGGUGACGUUUUCUAAAGUAAGAACACAUUUGUGUAACAUUUAUGGAAAGAGUCUCCAGUGUCAGAGGUAAAGCUGUAACUUUAAGUGUUCCGACAUCUUCAGGACAGAGUUUACUCUUCUUUACGGUUUCUCUGUAACGUGAUCAGCUGCUUUUUUUCCUCUUAGUAACGUGAGAGUAAAAAAGAGAAGCUGGUGAGGGAGUGACUGAUUAUAGCUGUUAAAGACACUGUGGUUUCUCCAAACUACAUCACAUACAAAACACAACUGUUCCGGCUAGAGGUGCAAAUUACGGAGCGUCAUUUUCCCUGCUCCAGCACACCCGAGUGACCGUUUAAACACCCGAGUGACCGUUUAAACACCUGAGUGACCGUUUAAACACCUGAGUGACCUUUUAAACACCUGAGUGACCGUUUAAACACCUGAGUCACCGUUUAAACACCUGAGUGACCUUUUAAACACCUGAGUGACCUUUUAAACACCUGAGUGACCGUUUAAACACCUGAGUGACCGUUUAAACACCUGAGUGACCUUUUAAAGACCUGAGUCACUGUUUAAACACCUGAGUGACCGUUUAAACACCCGAGUGACCGUUUAAACACCCGAGUGACCGUUUAAACACCCGAGUGACCGUUUAAACACCUGAGUGACCGUUUAAACACCUGAGUGACCUUUUAAACACCUGAGUGACCGUUUAAACACCUGAGUCACCGUUUAAACACCUGAGUGACCUUUUAAACACCUGAGUGACCUUUUAAACACCUGAGUGACCUUUUAAACACCUGAGUGACCGUUUAAACACCUGAGUGACCUUUUAAAGACCUGAGUCACUGUUUAAACACCCGAGUGACCUUUUAAAGACCUGAGUGACCGUUUAAACACCUGAGUGACCUUUUAAACACCUGAGUGACCUUUUAAACACCUGAGUGACCUUUUAAACACCUGAGUGACCGUUUAAACACCUGAGUGACCUUUUAAACACCUGAGUGACCGUUUAAACACCUGAGUGACCUUUUAAACACCUGAGUGACCGUUUAAACACCUGAGUGACCUUUUAAACACCCGAGUGACCGUUUAAACACCCGAGUGACCUUUUAAACACCCGAGUGACCGUUUAAACACCCGAGUGACCGUUUAAACACCCGAGUGACCUUUUAAACACCUGAGUGACCUUUUAAACACCUGAGUGACCGUUUAAACACCUGAGUGACCUUUUAAAGACCUGAGUCACUGUUUAAACACCCGAGUGACCUUUUAAACACCUGAGUGACCUUUUAAACACCUGAGUGACCUUUUAAACACCCGAGUGACCUUUUAAACACCCGAGUGACCGUUUAAACACCCGAGUGACCGUUUAAACACCCGAGUGACCGUUUAAACACCCGAGUGACCUUUUAAAGACCCGAGUCACCUUUUAAAGACCCGAGUGACCUUUUAAAGACCCGAGUGACCGUUUAAACACCCGAGUGACCGUUUAAACACCCGAGUCACCGUUUAAACACCCGAGUCACCGUUUAAACACCCGAGUGACCGUUUAAACACCCGAGUCACCGUUUAAACACCCGAGUCACCGUUUAAACACCCGAGUCACCGUUUAAAGACCCGAGUCACCGUUUAAAGACCCGAGUGACCGUUUAAACACCCGAGUGACCGUUUAAACACCCGAGUGACCGUUUAAACACCCGAGUGACCUUUUAAAGACCCGAGUGACCUUUUAAACACCCGAGUGACCUUUUAAAGACCCGAGUGACCGUUUAAACACCCGAGUGACCGUUUAAACACCCGAGUCACCGUUUAAACACCCGAGUCACCGUUUAAACACCCGAGUCACCGUUUAAACACCCGAGUGACCGUUUAAACACCCGAGUCACCGUUUAAACACCCGAGUGACCGUUUAAACACCCGAGUCACCGUUUAAACACCCGAGUCACCGUUUAAAGACCCGAGUGACCGUUUAAAGACCCGAGUGACCUUUUAAACACCCGAGUGACCUUUUAAACACCCGAGUGACCGUUUAAACACCCGAGUGACCUUUUAAAGACCCGAGUGACCGUUUAAACACCCGAGUGACCGUUUAAACACCCGAGUGACCGUUUAAACACCCGAGUGACCUUUUAAACACCCGAGUCACAGUUUAAACACCCGAGUCACAGUUUAAACACCCGAGUGACCGUUUAAACACCCGAGUGACCUUUUAAACACCCGAGUCACCGUUUAAACACCCGAGUGACCGUUUAAACACCCGAGUGACCGUUUAAACACCCGAGUGACCGUUUAAACACCCGAGUCACAGUUUAAACACCCGAGUCACAGUUUAAACACCCGAGUGACCGUUUAAACACCCGAGUGACCGUUUAAACACCCGAGUGACCGUUUAAACACCCGGGUGACCGUUUAAACACCCGGGUGACCUUUUAAAGACCCGAGUGACUGUUUAAACACCCGAGUGACUGUUUAAACACCCGAGUGACCUUUUAAAGACCCGAGUGACCGUUUAAACACCCGAGUGACCGUUUAAACACCCGAGUGACCGUUUAAACACCCGGGUGACCGUUUAAACACCCGGGUGACCUUUUAAAGACCCGAGUGACUGUUUAAACACCCGAGUGACUGUUUAAACACCCGAGUGACCUUUUAAAGACCCGAGUGACCGUUUAAACACCUGAGUGACCGUUUAAACACCUAAAUCACAGUUUAAACACCCGAGUCACAGUUUAAACACCUAAAUCACAGUUUAAACACCGAGUGACCGUCUAAACACCCGAGUCACAGUCUAAACACCCGAGUCACCGUUUAAACACUUGACAGGAUGAAACACUAGACUGUACAAUGCUGCACUCCUCCAGGAUUGUACGAUUUAAAGACUUUAUUGUCUUGAAUUAUUGAAGACAAUAUUAAUAUAAUUACUGAAUCUGAACUUUCUGAACUCAGGACUGAGUUCUGUAGUUAUUUUUUCUUAAGUGAAGCUGAGCUGCAGAUUCUUACAUCAACAGAUCUGUUCCAUUAUGGAAAUCUGACACUGGAGUUCUUGUGCAACUCUGAAGGUGUCUUUCGCAGGUGGAUGCUGUGUUUUUCUGAAGAGACGUCUUUUUUUCUUUAGUUUUUAUUUUUUAAUAAAAUUGGAACAUCUGACACCUAAAGACCUAAACUUUAAGGUGUUUACAAGCUUACACACUUACCUUUAUUAAACUACCAAGAUAAUAAAAAUAAUAAAUGAAAAUAAUUUGGUAAUUAGAUAUGCUUGACAUCUUCUCUGAGACACAGGCCACGCCUCCUUCACUGUACUGAAACACACAGGCCACGCCUCCUUCAUUGUAACUGACACACAGGCCACACCUCCUUCAUUGUAACUGACACACACACAGGCCACGCCUCCUUCACUGUAACUGACACACACACAGGCCACGCCUCUUUCACACAGACAGACUUUCUUUCUCUUUCUUUGUGCAGUGCCGGAACCCACUUACACAAGUCUGUAUUUAGUAAAUUAUCAAAAAUAAAUUUGAAGACAGAAUUGGAAAAGGUUACAACUUCGGCACACAAGGUGUGUGUGUGUGUGUGUGUGUGUCUGUGUGAGAAUGAGAGACAGACGGAAAGAAGAGGAAGUAUGAGCUUUGUCUCCACCCCACUGCUCUCUCUCUCUCUCUCUCUCUCUCUCUCUCGCAUGCCCGACGCUAGUGCAGUGUGUCAGUGUGUGUUAUGUUGCGCUGCAGGUGAUGUGGACGGUGAGACAGGUGACAUGGCAAGGCUGCUCACACACCUGGCCAGGAUGAAAAUCAGAAGGCAGCGGCACUUACUGCUCUGCACAGUCGGCGCUUGUUUGCUCUAUCUAUUGUACUGCUAUAAAACUCUCCAUCAGGAAGCUCUGCUGCAGAGACUGUCCUCUUACCAAUUACGACUAGUGGGAUUCAGCGGUUUAAUCUGGCGAGACUCACUGACUAAAUCCCAACACUCUGACACGUAUAAGCAGAAGGGCACAGUAGAAGAAGAUUUGCUCCUGCUAAAUCCCUCGGGUCCACACGGGGAACUUCAGAAACAAUUGCACGUUCUGCAGGAUGAUCCCACAUCCUACUUCAUCCACACUGAGAGGGGAGUGCCGUGCUUCACUGAAGGGACAGAAAUGGAAUCAUUUAUGGAAGGUGCCAUAAAAAAUAAUAAAAUUCCUCAAGAUCACCCAGUCAUAUCGGCAAGGAAGGCGUCAAGUUGCGUUUGCCGCCAAGGUUGGCACGGCCCUAACUGCGGCGUUCCAACAGUGGUGCAACACUCAAAUCUUCCCACCAAAUCACGCCUGAAGCCCAGGAAGGUUCCACGUCGAAUCAUAAAUGCAAUCAACAUCAAUCACGAGUUUGACAUGCUGCAUGUGAGAUUUCAUGAACUAGCAGAUACCGUGGAUCUCUUUCUGGUGUGCGAGUCCAACUACACUGCAUAUGGUGAGCCCAAACGCCUGAGCUUCCUUCGACUCCUCCUCAACGGAACUUUUGAUUAUGUGAAGCACAAAAUCCUCUACGUCUUCCUGGACCAUUUCCCCAAAGAUGGCCGCGCCAACGGCUGGAUCGCUGACGAUUACCUGCGCACCUUCUUGUCCAAAAAUGGAUUGCUAAGGGUUCGGGAUCUGAGACAUGAUGACGUGUUCCUUCUGGACGAUGCAGAUGAGAUUCCUCUUCGGGAAGGAAUUCUUUUCCUCAAAUUCUAUGAUGGUUGGACGGAACCAUUUGGGAUUCACAUGCGGAAGUCCUUGUAUGGAUUUUACUGGAGGCAGCCGGGAACGCUGGACAUUUUAUCCGGUUGCACCAUAGGCAUGCUUCAUACGGUCUAUAGAGGGGACGGGAUUCUGCUACGACGACGGAAUUAUUACACCAUGUCAGGUUUCCGGGAGUACGAAAACAAGUCAGGACAGGCUCUAAUGCCGUGGUCCAUUGGAAGCCCAGUUCACUACGCAGGAUGGCAUUGUUCAUGGUGCUUCACACCAGAUGGAAUUUAUUAUAAACUGAUUUCUGCACAAAAUGGAGAUUUUCCUCGCUGGGGGGACUAUGAGGAGAAGCGGAAACUGGGUUACAUCAGGGAGUUAAUACGAACUGGUGGCUGGUUUGAUGGGACAGCAUCAAGCUAUCCUCUAGCAAACCCUAAAGAGCACAUGUUUGCUCCCAAAUAUCUGCUGAAUAAUUAUAACAAGUAUCGCUAUUUGCUAGAGAAUCCAUAUGCUAAAGGAUUAAAAUGGGCAGGAAAGCGUGACAUAAUGUCUGUCUGAUGGCUGGAAUACCCCAAAAUGUUAAUUCAUCUUUGGUCAAGUAAGUGAACCCUGCAAGGGCAUUUUAUCUUGUAUUGUCAAUGUUGGGACUUUGAUGAUUUAUUUAGCAGAAAUUAUUACUGAAACACUGAUCCCAAAAUGGUAACAUAAUAUUUUUUAUUUUUUAUUUUUAGUAAAUGAAGGCUAGUAGGAGUCAUCAUGUUGGAAGACUCCAGCACUGGAUUUUAACUUGAGCAUACAAAAAAAAAAACACUUCCAAUAUCCCAGCUAUGGAGAUGCAGCUCUUAUAGUUGGGAGUGUCAGUAUUUGCCAGAUAGCUAAUAAAUAUAUACAGUUCUUCCACUAUUAUGAAAGCAAUACACACAGGAAGUGAGAAAAAGGUCUUGAGAUUGAAUCUCAUAUCAGGACUAACUUUACUGUACCAAGAAUUGCUGUCUAAGGUUUUCUUUAUGUAAUGUAUUGCCUUCCAUAUGCAGACAAUAUACUGCUGCAUGUAAGCUCUCCAGCAUAUAUAAAUGUUUUAGUCUAACUUUAUGUUCGUUCUUUAUUUUGUAAAAUAUUCUGCAUGAGCCAUAAAAUGGUUCCAAUGCAGAAUGACUCAGAAGGCGCUUUGACCUAAUGAAGAAGAAUAACAUUACAUCAGUGCCACUGCCCUGGUCUCUUGUUAAUAAUGAGAUAAUUAGUUAUCUGCCUUGUGUUAAUUAAUAACCUGGUCAUUAACUUUGGUCAUAUUAACCUGGUGAUGGAUAACCAGCUAAUCAGCUAGCCUCCUAGCAUAAACAACUGGAUAUUAGUUAAUUAACGUCUUCCUUUGUGUAUCAAUAACCAGACAGUUAACUGCUCAGGGUUACUAAAAAGUUAUUUAGCCUGCAGCCAUUUACUAAUAACCAAAUAAAUUGCUUGUUAAUGACUAAAUAGCCUGCUAAAGUAAUACAAUUCUCUCCUAUGUUAAUAUCCAAAUGACAAAGCUAUUAAUUAACCAGGUGAGUAGCUAGUUACCUUUAUCUAAGAAAGUGGUUAGUCACCUUUAGCCAGGUGAAUAUUUAGUUACCUUUAUCUAAGCAAGUGGCUAGUGGCCUUUAACCAAACAAGUGUCUAAUGGCCUUUAACCAGGUGAGUAGCUAGUUACAUUUAACUAAGCAAGUGUCUAGUUUACAUUUAACCAGGUUAAUGACUAAUUUCUUUAACCAGGUGAGUAACUAGUAGCCUUUAACCAGGUUAGUGGCUAGUUGCCUUUAUCCCAGCAAGUGUCUGGUGGCCUUUAUACAGGUGAGUGUUUACUUUCCUUUAACCAGGUGAGUAGUUAGCUGUCUUUAUCCAGGUGAGUAGCUAGUUGCCUUUAUCCAAGCAGAUGGGUAGUGGCCUUUACUCAGGCGAGUGGCGAGACGCCAGGCAGUCAGGAGGUGACUUCCUCCUCACCUUUGUCCAAACAAAGGCUACUGCAGUGCGAGAAAACACCCGAGCCUUUUUCACAGAGAGAGCAGCAGAAACAGGAUCCUACCCUUUCUCUGGGUUUUGUCUCUAAGACAACCGUCCCACUGGAAAAUGUCACUGGGACAACAGUCAUCACAGACAUUCUGUCCUUUCCACACUGAUCUUUUGUUUGUUCAUGGUCUUUAUCAACAGAAAUAAACAAACAAUUUAACAAUGUAAAGCACUUUGUCAUAAAAACAAGGAGGAGUCAUGGAGCGGAAUACCAACACACUCAGCAUACCCAGAGGACAGAGACUUUUUAUCUGUGUGUGUGUGUAAAAGAAUUUUAGGAAGGAAAAAUAUCCUGAAUGUAGAACCAAUUCUCUUUUUUUUACAUUAAGUCUAUAUCUGCUGAUCGUUUAUUUCUAGAUAGAGGUGAAACUGCCAGUGCAACAGGACAAUCCAAGACAUUAAUAAUGGCUUGAAUCCUGACCUCACACUCACUCAGAGGGAUCUGAACACUUGAAAGUGGCGUAAUUAAAGCUAAAAGCCCUGAUUGUUUUUAACUUCACUCUAAUCACCCAGAAUGCUAGUCGUGGGUUGCUAGUAGGCGUUCCUGUUUCUAUGUUACUGCUGUUUGCCGUGGUUUUAUUGUAAGCACCUAGCCUAGCAGCUAGCUAGUGUAUGAAGCACGCACACAUAUUUAACAAAUGAAAACACUUUUAUUGUAAUUAAUAGUAAUGUUUAUAGCUGCAUCACAGAUUAGCAUGUUCAAUUUUACAUCAUAAGCUGAUCUUUGGAAAGCUUUAAUAAAGAACAGUGAGAUAACAGCUAAAUGAUCCUUGUUUUAAUCAUUUAAAACAGUCGCAGUGUAUUAGUUGCAGAAUAAACCACUCAGUAACUACGCUAGCUCGCUAACGCUGUCUUUAGCCUUUUGUGUUUACGCUAUCGAGCGGAUCAGUUCGUUUUUUUUUUUUUUCCACCUCAUUAAUGUGAGCUACUGUUAAUUUUGGUACGAUGCUGGAUGUCAUUUAUUUACAGUGGAUAUGGAUAAGAAUGUAUGAUUUUGAUUCUUUGAUAAAUUAUUUCUUUGAUAAAUUAUUUUUUAUAAAAUCAUUAAAAAAAAUCAUAAAGUAAUUGUG